GCCGCUCACAUAUUUCGUCCAGAUGUGCACCUCGGCCGCUGAGGAUAAACUGAAGGAGCGAUGGCUGACAACAAGAUGUCAAAAGAGUGCAUUCGGCGCAGAGAGCCGCCUGGAGAGAUUUCGGUCGAGGCUAGGCUUUGCCGCAAAGAGGACCGAGUGGUGUAGUGGUCGAGUGCGUCGACAUGGUAGAAAUCGACUAUAUGCUCGAUCCGGGAUGGAAGUACCUGCGGCAGGCCGACGAUGAGCAGUUACAGGAACAGGCAGCUCGCCGUUUCGAUAACAAAACUCAUACAUGGGUACCAGAUCCUGUCGAAGGUUUUGUUGUGGCUGCUAUCAGUGUUCAAGAGGGCAAUAACUACACCCUCACGAUGCCUGAUGGAACAAUGAAGAAACUGACAAAAGAUGACUGCCAAGAAAUCAACCCUGCAAAGUUCGAAAAAGCUGAGGAUAUGUCGAGUUUAACUUUUUUGAACGAAGCCUCUGUUCUGCACAAUCUACGACAGCGAUACUUUAAAAUGAUGAUUUACACUUACUCGGGCCUCUUUUGUGUGUUCAUUAAUCCUUACAAAAUGCUACCCAUCUACUCGGAUACCGUCCAAGCAAUGUACGUGAACAAACGACGAACAGAAAUGCCACCGCAUCUGUUUGCAGUUGCAGAUGAGGCUUAUAGAAAUAUGAUGACAGACCACGAGAAUCAAUCGAUGUUGAUUACGGGUGAAUCUGGUGCAGGAAAAACAGAGAAUACGAAGAAAGUUAUAGCUUACUUUGCUAACAUCGGAGGGAAAAAAGAAGUCUCUACAGCUCAAAAGACUGUCAAGUUCAAGGAUCUUGGAGAAGCAUCGCUUGAAAAUCAAGUAGUGCAAGCCAAUCCGGCGAUCGAGGCGUUUGGAAAUGGUGCGACUGUUAGAAACUACAACUCUUCGCGAUACGGGAAAUUUAUCCGUAUCCACUUUGACAAGCGUGGAAAGCUAGUUGGAGGCGAUAUUGAGCACUAUCUGCUGGAAAAGUCAAGAGUCAUCAAACAGGCACCUGGAGAACGAUCAUACCACAUUUUCUACCAAAUUUUCACGCAAAAGAAACUAAGAGAUGUUUUGCAAUUGGGAGAUGAUAUUCGCCAGUACAAGUUUGUAUCUCAAGCAGAGAUAACUGUUCCGGGAAUGGAUGACAAGGAAGAGUUCCGCAUAACUGAUAACGCUUUCGAUGUUAUGCAUUUCACAGAUCGUGAAAAGCAUGAUCUAUACAAGACAUGUGCUGCCAUAAUGCACAUGUCUCGUUUCGCCUUCAGGCAAAAACCGCGAGAAGAACAGGCUGAGGUGGACAGUAUGGAUAGUCCAAUGAAAACAGCUAAGUUGUUUGGAAUCGAUCCUGACCAAUUCAUUGGUGCUCUGGUCAAACCAAAAAUUAAGGUCGGAACUGAGUGGGUAAAUAAGGGACAGAACAAGCAACAGGUUGAUUGGGCAGUUGGUGCUCUGGCGAAAGCUAUCUACGCGCGCAUGUUUACAUGGAUCAUCAAACGGGUAAAUCAAACACUUUCUGCAAAUCUCGAUGGAUCAGCGAAUUACAUUGGAGUUUUGGACAUUGCUGGAUUUGAGAUAUUCGAUAAUAACUCGUUUGAACAAUUGUGGAUAAAUUUUGUCAACGAGAAACUGCAACAGUUCUUCAAUCAUCAUAUGUUUGUGCUAGAACAAGAAGAGUACGAACGUGAAGGAAUUCAGUGGGAAUUCAUCGACUUUGGAUUGGAUCUGCAAGCAUGUAUCGACUUGAUCGAAAAGCCUCUCGGAAUCAUCUCAAUGUUAGAUGAGGAGUGUUUAGUGCCGAAAGCAAGCGACACGACGUAUGUGGAGAAGCUCAUAAACCAGCAUUCCGGGAAGCAUCCUAAUUUCCAAAAGGCAAAGCCACCCCGUGGAAACCAAGGAAUAGCACAUUUUGCUAUCGCACACUAUGCUGGCGACGUACGGUACAAUGCGGAUCAGUGGCUGGAGAAGAAUAAAGAUCCACUAAAUACUUCGGCCGUGGCUGUACUUAAAACCAGCGACAAACAAGGACUGAUCUACCAAAUUUGGGAAGACUAUAUCACAGAUGUUGAUAGAGAGGAGAUGACUGCAAGAGGCAAGACCCAGGAUCGUAAAAAGGGAAAGUCAGCUUCUUUCCUUACUGUAUCCACCAUGUAUCGAGAGUCACUUAAUAGUCUUAUGAGUAUGUUGCAUACAACACAUCCGCACUUUAUCAGGUGUAUAAUCCCCAAUGAGAAAAAGACUAGUGGGCUGAUAGAUGCACCGUUAGUUUUGAAUCAGCUCACUUGCAAUGGUGUCCUGGAAGGGAUUCGAAUCUGUCGUAAAGGUUUUCCGAACCGGAUGACUUUCGCGGAUUUCCGCUUCCGCUACGCUAUACUGGCAGCCGACCAGGCAGCUGAAAGUGACCCAGCUGAGGCAUCGAAGAAAAUGCUCGAAAGACUUGUUAAUGAAAACAAGAUCGUGGAGGAUAAAUUCAGAGUUGGCACGACCAAGGUGUUUUUCCGUGCUGGAGUCGUUGCCAAAAUGGAAGAACUGCGUGAUGCAGCCCUGGCAAAAAUUAUUGUCAAGUUCCAAUGUGCGCUGCGAUGUUAUCUGGCUCAGUGUCACUACCAGGAUUUACUGAAACAAGAAGCAGCUUACUUAAUAAUACAGGAGAACGUGAGACAGUGGACUACAUUGAGAUUGUGGCCGUGGUAUAGACUAUUCACUCGACUAAAGCCUAUGCUCAAAGGAAUGAAGUCGAAUGCAGAAGUUGAAGCUCUGGAAAGAAAAGUCAAGGAGUUAGAAGAGCUAUCUUCGGCUGAGGAACAGCAGCGUAAGAAGUAUGAAGAUGAGUUGCGAGUGAAAACUGAACAAUAUGAAGAAAGUCGAGCUGCUCUGGAACGAGAACGAAUGCUCAUGGAAAAAAGGAACGCGGAAAUUGAAGAGCUUCAUAAAUCUAUGAAAGCAGAAGCAGAUAAAUUUGAUGAGACAUCACGUAAACUGAAGGAGCUAGAGAAAGAGAAGGCAAAAGAAGCAAAAGAAUGGGGAGAAAAGGAGAAAAGACUGACAGUUGAAGCAGAAGCAGAAGCUACAAGAUCCAAGCAGUUGGCCGAGCGACUCACGAAUGAGCUGAAAUUGCAGCAGGAUGAGAAUCAAAAGCUGAUCAGUCAAAGAAAAGCACAGGAGUCUGCUAACACCGAACUGACGACGCAAUUAGGGAUGUUGAAAGAGCGCUUCGAAAAGAUUGCAAACCAAAGGAACGAAUUGAAAGAGGAUUUGGAAUGUUUCGAAGAGAAGCUUGCAGCUGAAACUAGACAAAAAGAUGAGCUAGCCAGAGCUAACAAAAAAUGGGAACAACACGUGAAAUCGCUCAGUGAAAAGCUGGCACUUCUACAAAGCGAGAAACAUACCUUGGAUGUAGACUGUAAAAGAAGAGAAGAAGAUAUCGGUCAUUUGAAACGCCGUGCUGAGAAUGAUGCCAACCUGGUCGACAAGCUAAAAGACAACAUCCGAAAGCUCAUCACGCGCAUCGCAGAACUGGAGGAAGAAGUGGAUUUGGAGCGAAAGGCGAGAAAGAAGGCAGAACGAAAUAGUUCGGAACUGCAAAACGAUGUCGAAGCAAUGCGGCAACAAAUGGACGAAGCCACUGGACAGCUGGCUGCACAGCUUUAUUUGAAUAAAAUACGCACAGAAGAGAUGGGCAACCUAAAACGCGAAAUCCAAAAGAGGAACAUCACUCGUGAAAUGUGUCUUGCUGAUCUUUGUUCGAUGCAGUACACAACUGUCAACAAUCUUAGAACGCUUAGUCACGAGGCUGCCAAGCUGGAAUGCGAUGCGAAUCGUGUACUCUCGGCUCGUCAGUCGUUGGUGAAUCUGGAGCGAGUGCCUCGCGUCUAUCUGACGGCUGAUGACACAGAUGACGAAAGCUCUAUAUGAUCCAUUGUUCUCAGUAGUAUAAUGAACCAGAACUAUUUUUAAAGUAUACUGAACCAAAACUAUUCUUUACUAUCCAC